UCUCGUGGUGUGUGUUUUGUCUGGCUGGGUUGUUGUUGUGUUUCUGUGCCGGCUCAGCAGAUUUGGCGAGCAGCGUUUAUCCCGAGAUUAGACGCGCACAAAAGCGCCGUCACAACACGAGCGCGCGUGGCGGGCGCUCGUCCGGGUAUAUGUAUAUGUGUAUAUGUCGCCACCGCGCUCACAUCGGUCUCGUCCGAUCUCGUCAGCAUGCGGCGUGCGCUUCAGCUGCUCUUCAUCUGCGUGAUGCUUGUCCUCCACGCACAUGCUGAGGACAAAUCCAGCGACUUCAGGAGGCCCGAGUGCGGCGGUACCACCCUGACCCGAGCGUGCCCGCUCAACUACUCGCCCGUGUGCGGCAGCGACGGCGUCACCUACUCCAACGAAUGCGCUCUGUGCGUCCACAGACUGGAGAAGAAGUUGGAUAUUGUGAUCGUGAAGGACGGCCCCUGUUGAUGACAUCACAUCAUCACGUUUUUUUCACUGUAUACUCACUCACACACGCACACACAAACACACGUUUAUCUAUUUUUCUUGGUGUUCCUUAAAAAAAAGAAUCGACUUUUCCAGUAACUUUUGUUGUCGAGUGUUCAAGACAAAGGUAAACAAGAAAUUUAAAUGUGAAGAUUUGUACUUAAAGGAAAUAAACGAAGAUUGAAUGUCAA